CAGCACAAAGUUGAAUUAAUCUUGUUUGUUAUUUCAUAAGCCAUAAAGUGGUUUAAUAUUUUACAAGUGAUUUUGUAUAUGAACAUUAUUCUAAAAUCUUCCCGGAAUGUUUUGCUACAAUAGAUGACUAUUCAGCAUGCUAUUAACACUGGUGAAAUAUACUCUGGAUCACCACCAAAGUGACCGGAUGUGGGGCUGCAUUUAAAUAGAAUGCUUUACCUGACCUGUUCCUCAAAGCUGGCCACUCUGAGAAGACUCCUGGUCAGCAGCUUUCCAGAGUCACUGAAGGUGUGCGGGGCUUUGCAUCAUGUCAUCCAUAAUAACCCUUUCGGGCUACAGGUUCUGGUGGACAAAUGGCCAGAGUUCAGUUCUGUCAUAUGUCGACCCCCACUGGAGGAAAUGACAGAUCCCUUGGAUCCUUACACCAAUACAUACUUUCUCUUCAGUAAAGACCCACACAGUCUGCACCAGAUGCUGCACGAUCCCCAGACUGUAAACUGGAAGCAGGAGUUACAGAUACAAGGUUGCCAGCCACAGUUGGAGAAGGUGCUUGAAGAGGUCAGUUCCACUUAUGGAAGCAAAAUGCACACAACAAGUAACCUGUUAUCCAUGAGGGAUGGGAUAGAGGAAGAGGAGCUGAAGAACUGCGCAAUAAGUGAGUUGCAGUUCUCUACACUCCACCCUGAUGAAGCACAUUAUGUUAAUGCAGCCUGGGCAUUUGGUGGUAAUGAACGCAGUGAACGCUACGCGAAACGAUGCAUUCAGACAUUCCCCACUAUAUGUGCCAAAAAAGGAGGCAUGGGACAGCCUGUUGCUUGGAUAGUGAGUGAGCAGUCUUCAGAAAUGCGAAUGGCGUACACAGACAGACUCUACAGGAACCAAGGAAUGUUUCGUACCAUGAUAUUCAGGCUCUCGACUAUGCUGUAUUCCACGGGAGCCCCACUCUAUGGCCACGUGGCUGCAGACAAUAAGAGUAGUCAAGCGGCUAUUGUGGCAGCAGGAUUCACACUAAUGGGCAGAUGGCAACAAUGGGAGUUCCAGCCGUUGUGACAUCUAUCCUGAUUCUUUAACUUUCUCAUUAUACACCACAAAAACUGUCAUAAAGAGUAUGACAGGUAUCAGACUUUGUGUAUUUGAAUUGGCUUACAAUAAACAUAAAUCAAAUUAAAUGUAUAGGUCCCCUAUGAGUUAAAGUGUAGCCCACAGUAUGCCUCAGUGAGCAGAAGGAAGUGGGCUGAAUGUGGCUAACAGCAGCAUCUGGUCCUUUGCUGACAGGGUGAGGUUCAUAGCAGAUAUAGUAAGAGCAAAGCUAUUACAGUUUCAGCAAAGUGUACCCUGUGAAUUUAAUGCUGCGACAAGUGCAUGGCUAGCGAAGAGUAAAAAGAAAAUUUAAGUUCAAGGGCGGUAUUCAAUUGUUUGAAAAGUCAGUUGGGUGUCUGUUUUUUCAAAUCUAAUAGGAAAAAAACAGACACCCAACCGACUUUUCAAACAAUUGAAUAUCCGCCCAAGUGUUAUAAUUAUAGGUCACAAAGCAGUUAACUGUGAGAAGAGAAAAGUGAAUCUAGUGCAGAGCCAGAAUUGUGAUGACGGAGAUCAGUCGGUCUUGAGUAUAAUAGAAAGGAUUGUUGGUAUAUCGAUUCAGACACAUCAAGACAUUUCAGCUGUAAUGAGGAGUGGCUUACCAAGAUAAGUGGGUGUGAGCCUAUCACAAUCAAGGGAAUUGGCAAACAAAAAUGUACAGCCACAAUUAAAUCCCACUUCAGAAUUGGAUCAAGAACAAAAGUCACAGAAAUCCAAAAUGUAUUUUGUGUACCAGAGAUGAGAACAAAUCUUAUUGCCAUCAGUGUCCUAUAACAGAGAGCCCACAGAGUUCACUUCGCCAAAGGAAAGUGCAUUUUGAGAUACAGAAAAGAGACAAUUAUCGCUACAGGCACAAGAUGCUAGAAAUUGUAUAUCCUUGAUACAGAGCAUUGUUAUGCAUUGAUGGAAAGUGAGUUACUGUCAUUGGAACUCAUAGAAGAUUUGUUCCUCUGGCCACUGGAAUGUCAGUGAAACGUAUGUGUGAAAGCUGCAUAUUUAGGGAAAAAAAAGUUUCCAGCCAUUUCCAAAGUCAACAAGCAAAGCUAUAGCAUCACUUUAGAUAGUAUGCCCAGUUCUGAGUGGUCCAAUAGAAGUAAAGUCUGUUAGUGAGUACAGAUACUUCAUGACAUUUAUAAAUGACUUCACAAGAAUGACACACGUGUACUUCAUAAAGAGAUAUCUGAAAUAACAAAGGAAAUUGCAGAGCACAAAAUUCUUGCAUAAAACCAAACAGACCACAGACUCAAAGUUCUGCGAUCUGGUAAUGGUGAAAAGUAUCUCAACAAAAGGUGAAACAUUUCUUGAGACUAUAUGGAAUUGAGCAUCAAUUGACCAUUGCCUAUAGUCCUGAGCAAAAAGGUGACCGUGAAUGAGCAUACUGUACAUUAGUGGAGAAAGCAAGAUGUGAACUCAAGGAUGCUGGCCUAUAGAAACAGUUGUGGAUGGAAUCAAUAUAUACCUUUAAUAUAUGUGUAUCUCAAAAACCAUUUUCCUACAGUUGCCUUAAAGGACAUAACACUUAUUGAAGUGUACAAAAAAGAAAAGAGAGUAAUACCUCGCGCCCUUAUAGCAGCUUUGCACUAAAACCCUUUGGAAACACCACCUCCAAAAUACAUAUAUGUUACAAACAAUAG